AUGUCCACCCCAAUCCUCAUCGUUGGUGCAGGCCCUACAGGCCUUACCCUGGCCCUAUCGUUAGUUCAGAAUGGAGCUUCUGUCCGUGUCGUGGAGAAACGCAGUAGCCCAUUCAUAGGACAACGUGGAGGAGGUAUUAUGCCUCGUACCCUCGAAUUGCAUGGUGUUAUUGGAACACUCCCGGACAUAUUGAAGAUAGCCGGACCACCUUUGACAACGGAACUUUACCUGCCACAGGCACGAGAGCCGUCAAAGGUCUUCGAUAUGGCGCCGUAUAUUGAGCCUACCGCAGACCGCCCAUAUCCGAACCCGGUGAUCCUCUGGCAGUCGCGUCACGAAGCGAUUCUUCGCGACCACUUGCAGAAAGCGGGUGUCGAGGUCGAAUGGGAGACUGAGAUGCAAGAUUUUGAACAACACCAAGACUGCGUUACAGUCACCCUGAAGAAAAAACUUCAAGGAAUUGACGGUGACCACGUCAUGGAGACAGUCACUACACCAUACCUGUUAUCAGCAGAAGGUGCUCACAGUAUGGUUAGAAAAAGGCUGAACUUAGGCUUCUAUGGUGAAACAACGUCUCAAAGCUAUAUCAUUGGUGAUAUUGAAGUCCUUGAGGGCUUGAAUCGUGACAGAUGGUUCUUUUGUGGAGAACCAAUGACAAAGCAGAUAUCACUUUGCGCAGGAGAAGAUUUGACGUCUAAAUAUAUGUACAUGCUGUACACUGGAGCUGAAGUCGAUCACAAAAAAGUGGCGGCCAGUCGAGAAGCAUUGAUUGAAGACAUAUAUGAGCUCACUGGAAGGCGCGAGAUUAAAUUUGGAAAUCUUCUAUGGAUUUCAUCAUAUACGCCAAAUAUUCGAACAGUCGAAAAGUACUCCCAGGGUCGAUGCUUCGUGGCUGGGGAUGCUGCGCACAUAUUUGCAUUGAGCGGCGCCCAAGGGUUAAAUUCUGGAAUUCAUGACGCAAUAAAUUUGGGAUGGAAAAUGGCGGCAGUCGUCAGGGGAUUCGCUCCUCCAUCGCUCCUCGAUUCCUAUGGACCUGAACGAUUGCCUGUCAUUGCAGAAAUGCUCGAUAAGACACGUGAAGUCCAUGAGAAGACAUUUAAGAGCUCCAUUGCCGACGAAGACAACGAUGCCUGGAACCGUGGAGGAGAUUUCGACAUGCUUCACAUGAACUAUAGAGGCAGUUCCCUUGUCAUUGACACCAUACACACGAAAGGUACACGCUACACCUUCUCCACAGGAAUUACAGUACGUGCUGGAGAUCGCGCCCCUGAUGCUCCCGGUUUGGUCCAUCGCAAAGGCACAGGUGGUCCGACAAGCCUAUUCAAGAUAUUUGGGUCGUCCUACCACACAGUGUUAAUUUUCUCCAAAGAUCAGGCCCUUUCCUCUCUCGUAAUCGCUUCACUCCAAGAAUAUCCUUCGGAAUUAUUCAAGACUGUUGUGGUUCUGCCAAAAACCCAGUCUAAAGUCGACUUCAACUCUGCACAGACCGAUUUUGUGGUAGAGGAUAGCAAUGAGCAUGCUUACGACGCAUACGUGGAACAGAACUGCGUCAGAGAGUCGACAAUUGUUAUAGUGCGACCGGAUACCUAUAUCGGAGCUAUGGUCGACAAGGAAGAAGAUGUCAGGAGAUACUUUUCACAGAUAUUCAAAGUCACCAAAUAA